AUGACGCGCAACCCAGCGUCCGGCAUACGUCUCACGAGCCACCGGCGUAUGGCGUGCGUGUCUUGCAGGGAGGGCAAGCAGACGCGCAACGCGCAGCCGAAGCAAGACAGCGGCGAGAAAGAACCGAUAGACCGUAUCGGCGGCGAGAUCUGUUCGGACAUGAAGGGCCUUAUGACGCCACAAUACCGCCUCGAGAAUCGAUAUUUGAUCAGCUUCGUUGAUCACAAGAGCAACUACUGCGGGAUUUUUCUCGCGCGGACUAAGGAUGCCGCAGCGAAGCAAUUCGAGGCGUUCCUGACGCACUUCGAGAAUCGAUUCGACUGUGGAUCCACGUGCUUCGCACCAACGGCGGCGGCGAGUACGCCAACGUGGACCUUUUCUACAAGUGCACUGAAGUGGCGCGCCGAUCUCGGAGGAGAGGAACCAAACGUCGAACGGGAAUGUGGAGCGUAUGCACCGCACGGUUUUCAACCUCGCGCAAAGCAUCAUGUUAGCCUGCGCGCUGCCACUUAA